UGUCUUUUCUAGGGCAACAUCGGCUAGGAAGUUGUGGGCCGAAACCCAACUACACAUUACAUACAAGGUGAGAUGAUUAAGCCCACUAACAAGUCGGACAGUGAUUAAAUUACUAUUGAAAUAAUUUCAGUGAGCACGAAUGAAAUUAAAUAUUUUGAGUGAUUAAACAUGAAAUUUUUUUAUUAAAUUCAAGGACCAAACAUGCAAUUUACUUUUUUUUUUUUUUUUUUUUUGUAUUUGUGAAAAAUUCCCGGAGAAGUAGGUGGAGGAUAGACGUUAUCAAGUAUCAACAACGCAACACCGGAGCAGAACAGAAACUGCCGCCGAAGUGGCAAAGCAGCGGCACUGACUGACUGCUUUUCCUGCAAAUCUGAAUUCUUCUGCGGGAGGGCGCACGAGAAGAGAAGUAAUGAUAGGUUCUAGGUUCGCUUCUUUCCAGCUCCAAGCCCCAACCUUCUUCCUCCCCUCCCUCCCGUUCCCUUCUUCUCCUCGCCGGAGGUUUCGUCAGGAGUGCCGGUCUCGUCGCCGGACGUUUCAAACUUCGCGGACUGGAGCGACCAGUUGCAACUGCCGUGCCGGAGUGAGUAAACCACUGGGUGAAGAACAACAUCAGCUCAACAAUCAAGCGCCCAACCGAGCUUACCCUUUCCAUGAAAUUGAGCCCAAAUGGCAGCUCUACUGGGAAGAGAAUUCCACUUUUCGCACCCCUGAUGAAGUUGAUACCUCCAAGCCCAAGUUUUAUGUGCUCGACAUGUUUCCUUAUCCCAGUGGAGCUGGUUUACACGUUGGCCAUCCACUCGGUUAUACUGCUACCGACAUUCUUGCUAGGUUCAAGAGAAUGCAGGGUUAUAAUGUUUUGCACCCAAUGGGAUGGGAUGCAUUUGGUUUGCCUGCUGAGCAGUAUGCCAUUGAUACAGGGACACAUCCCAAAGUCACGACGUUAAAGAACAUCAACCGAUUUCGUUCGCAGCUCAAAUCUUUGGGGUUCUCCUAUGACUGGGACCGGGAAAUUUCUACCACGGAACCUGAUUAUUAUAAAUGGACACAGUGGAUUUUUCUUCAGCUUCUGAAAAGAGGACUGGCAUACCAGGCAGAAGUUCCAGUCAAUUGGUGUCCUGCUCUUGGAACAGUUUUGGCAAAUGAGGAGGUGGUGGAUGGAGUUAGUGAACGUGGGGGUCAUCCGGUUAUAAGAAAGCCAAUGAGGCAAUGGAUGCUCAAGAUUACUGCCUAUGCCGAUCGCCUCCUUCGAGACCUAGACGAACUUGACUGGCCUGAAAGCAUAAAAGAGAUGCAAAGAAACUGGAUUGGGAGAUCUGAAGGGGCUGAGCUGGAAUUUUGUGUUCUUGAUGAAGAUGCCAAUGAAAGAUAUGUAAAAAUCACUGUCUAUACCACAAGGCCUGAUACCAUUUUUGGAGUGACAUAUUUGGUUGUGGCACCAGAACAUUCCCUGCUUUCAACAAUAGUUUCUGUUGGCCAAAGCAAAAUGGUGGAGGAAUAUAAAGACCUUGCUUCUCGGAAAAGUGACCUGGAGAGGACCGAGCUCCAGAAGGAAAAAACUGGGGUUUUCAGUGGCUGCUACGCCAGGAAUCCUGCUAAUGGGGAAGCAAUUCCAAUUUGGGUUGCCGAUUAUGUUUUGGGGAGUUAUGGAACAGGAGCAAUCAUGGCUGUGCCUGCACAUGACACCCGUGACAAUGAAUUUGCUGCCAAAUACAACAUACCAGUGCGCAUAGUUGUAAAGCCAGAUGGUGAUGAUUGUGUAGAUUCAAGCAAGGCUUUUGCAGGAGAAGGCACUGUUGUGAAUUCAGUAAAUUCAUCAUCUGGUCUUGACAUCAAUGGCUUACCUAGCAAAGCAGCAGCUGCCAAAGUCAUUGACUGGGCUGAGAAAUAUGGAAAUGGGACAAGAAAGGUGAACUACAAGUUGAGGGAUUGGCUUUUUGCAAGGCAGCGUUACUGGGGGGAACCUAUUCCAGUUGUUUUCUCGGACGAUACUGGUGAAAUCAUUCCCCUUCCAGAAACUGACCUUCCUCUUACACUACCAGAAUUGGAUGAUUUUACUCCCACGGGGACAGGAGAGCCACCCCUAACAAAAGCUGUUUCUUGGGUUAACACUGUUGAUCCUUUAUCUGGAAAAGCUGCCAGAAGAGAAACAAGCACCAUGCCUCAGUGGGCAGGUUCUUGCUGGUACUAUUUGAGAUACAUGGACCCAAAGAACUCCAAAGAAUUAGUUGAUAAGAGGAAAGAAAUCUAUUGGAGCCCUGUUGAUGUCUAUGUUGGUGGUGCUGAACAUGCUGUUCUCCACUUACUUUAUUCAAGAUUCUGGCACAAGGUCCUGUACGACAUUGGUAUUGUAUCAACCAAAGAGCCGUUCAAGUGCGUGAUAAACCAGGGAAUCAUCCUUGGGGAAGUUCAAUACACAGCUUUCAAGGACCAAGAUGGUAACUAUGUAUCUGCGGACUCGGUUAAUGCAUCUGAUGAACUUUAUCAGGAAGUAAUACCUGAGGAAAAGGUGAAGAAAUCUGGAGAUGGGUAUGUGCUGGAUGAGAAUCCUGGAAUCCAAGUGAUGGCACGAGCACACAAGAUGAGCAAAAGCAGGGGAAACGUUGUGAACCCUGAUGAUGUUGUUGGGGAGUACGGAGCUGAUGCUUUGAGAUUGUACGAGAUGUUCAUGGGGCCUUUCAGGGAUACAAAAACAUGGAACACCAGUGGCAUCGAAGGUGUGUAUCGUUUCUUGGGAAGAACUUGGAGGUUGAUUGUUGGCUCGCCUCUAGCUGAUGGCAGUUUCCAAGAUGGGAGCUUGGUGGUUGAUGUCGAACCUAGCUUUGAACAGCUCCGUUCUCUUCAUAGAUGCAUAGCCAAGGUAACUGAGGAAAUUGAAGCCACGCGAUUCAAUACUGGGAUUUCUGCAAUGAUGGAGUUCGUAAAUGCAGCCAAUAAGUGGGACAACCUCCCAAGAAGCAUAGCAGAAGCAUUUGUGCUGGUGUUGGCACCAUAUGCGCCCCACGUGGCCGAGGAGCUUUGGUUUCGUCUGGGUCAUUCCAACACAUUGGCGCACGCACCAUUCCCGGAGGCGAGGUCAGAGUACCUGAAGGAGGCAAAGAAAGUGCUCCCUGUUCAGGUGAACGGGAAGACGAGGGGAACGGUGGAGGUAGACGAAGGUUGCUCGGAGGAGGAAGCGUUCAGGAUUGCAUCCCAGGACAGCAAACUGUCAAGGUUCCUAGAGGGGAAGUCGAUCAUCAAGACGAUAUACGUUCAAGGAAAGAUAUUGAACGUGAUCUUGGGCGGGAAGGGGGCCAAGCCUAAACCGAAACCCAAUCCUGAUGCUUCACGGAUUAUUGUUCAAUGAUAAAACCGGGAGUAGCCCAGUUUGUAAG